UCUCAUAAAAAAAUGCGACAAAGGAGACUUUCCUCCGCCUUUAUGCAGCGGUGCGUGCCCCCACCCCGACCGAGGUCGACUUAGAAUCGACACGUGCGCGACCGAACGCGGUCGUAUUCCACGUUCCACGGGACCAAAACGAAGGAACGUACGUGUACAAAAUCCACUGCCCCCGCCGCGGUCCAGCCCACCGCCAUUCGCUACCGCUGCAAGAACCUCGACCAGACAAAACCCAAUCGUCGUCGUCGUCGUCGUCGUCGUCGUCCCCACCUCGUACAAAUUCUCUGUCUCUCUUACUCGCUCCCCCGCACAGUCGAGACAAACCAGAGCCGUGGCAAACUCCACACGAAGAAAAACGCCGCCAUGUCUCCCUCUCUCAUCCUCUCCCUCUCCCACCUCCUCCUCCUCCUCUUCUCCGCCGCCGCCGCCGCCGCCGCGUCGUCUCGCCCUCUCGGCCUCGCCGGCGACGGCGACGACAGCUCGUCGGCAUACGAGGCCCUCGAGGGGUACAACUUCCCGGCGGGCAUCCUCCCGCAGGGCGUGACCGGGUACGAGCUCGACCCCUCCACGGGGCGGUUCCGCGCCGACCUGGGCGGCGCCUGCAGCUUCUCCCUCCAGGGGUCGUACCAGCUCCGCUACAAGUCCACGAUCGGCGGGUACAUCUCCCCGAACAGGCUCGCCAGCCUCACCGGGGUCAGCGUCAAGGUGCUCUUCCUCUGGCUCAAUAUCAUCGAGGUCGAGCGCGUCGGUGACGAGCUCUACUUCUCCGUCGGGAUCGCCUCGGCCUCCUUCGGCAUCGACAACUUCUUCGAGUCCCCGCAGUGCGGGUGCGGGUUCGAUUGCGUCGGCGGCGGCGGCGCGAGGAAGAUCAGGAUCAAGGGCCUGGCUUCUUCGAUUUAGGGCUUUGCUCGGUAGGUGGAGAUGAUACCGUUUCUCUUUCCUUCCUUUUGUUCCUUUCUUGGAUUGGAUGAUUCAAACGGAUAGAUCGCCAUUGGAAUUCGAAUUGCUUUUACUGGUUGGUGGUGACUGGUGGCUGCUUAUUGCUGAUGUAUUGCAAUGAGUUGACUUGAUUCGUGCUUUUCAGUAUAUAGUGCACUCGAUAAAGAAUAGAACGGAUCGUGGUUGAAUUACAAA